CCGACGCUGUGGUUCCUGUGGGAGCCGGCGGCACUUGCGGAGCGCGAGAAGGCAGAGUCGGGUCCGGACCGCUGUUACCCACCGGCUCCUUCCCUGGGAGCCGGCGGCGUCCCCAUGCGGGCGCCCCGCGGGGAGCCCGCCCUGGAAGAGUCCCUGGAGCGGUACCAGAGGCGGCUCCGAGAACGUGCUAGUGAAAGCAUCCAUCAACUGAAAUAUGCCCUAGAGGAAAGACAGUUUGCAGAGGGUGAGGGUGAAACUAGAUUUAACCAGUGCUCUGUGGGCAAGGGCAGUGGUGAUGUGGACAGGGGCAAUGAUGACAGUGGGAAUGCAGCCUGCCAGGAACUGCAGCAUAGUCACGCAGUUAAUCAACUUAAAAUUUUGUUGCAACAUCAAGAAAAAAUUGAAAGUGAAGUCUCUCCGUCAAGGAGGAAGAUGUCGAAAUCCCCAGAAGCUGCAACUGGAGACUUACCAGCUCUUUCUGAUCUCAUUCCUAUAAUCAAUGACCAGUCACAGUACAUUAACCAUUUAGAAGCUGAAGUGAAGUUUUGCAAGGAGGAACUGUCUGGGAUGAAAGAUCGAGUACAAGUAGUUGUACUUGAAAAUGAGGAACUCCAUCAGAAACUGAAAUUCUUAACUGCAGAACAUACGUUGAGAGAACAAACUCUGCUAGAUGCUUCGGCAAAUACACAGAACUCCUGGCCUGUAGGUGGUAAUGACUGUAGCAUGCGUCAGCCUGUCACCUCAUCACCAACACGUAACAAAGAUCAGGUUUUUUUUAAAGCAGCUGUUGGAGAAAUAGAAAAAUGGCAUGUGGAACUGGAGAAACUAAAACUUCUUUAUCAAGAAAAAGUCAGCAUCCUUGAUGCUCAAGUACAGUCUCUAAGAAAAGACCUUGCAGAAUCUCAGAAGAUGUGCAAAGAUUUGGAAGGAAGGCUAAAACACCAGAAGUCACUUGUUUCAGCCACGAAUUCUAGCCGUGUUGGUGGUCUGUGUCUGAAAUGUGCGCAACACGAGGCAGUUCUUGCACAGACUCAUUCUAAUGUUCACAUGCAGACCAUUGAGAGGUUGACAAAAGAAAGAGAUGACUUGAUGGAUGCACUUGUUUCACUGAGACGAAACAUGAAAGGGAUGCAGCAAAGAGAAUCUAAUGCAUGUGAGCAAGUUAAACAAGCCGUGCAAAUGGCAGAAGAGGCCAAUUUAGAAAAAACAAAGGCUCUAGUCCAGUGUGAGCAGCUGAAAAGUGAGAUGGAACGGCAGAAGAAUCGUCUUGAAAGGGAGUUAGCUGCCCAGCUAAAUAAGAGGACUGAUGAAAAAGAAGCACUGCGGGAAGAAAUGAAGAAAGAAAGGGAGGGCUUGGCAGCAAUGGUGAUGGCCAUGUCUGAGAAUGUGGCCAUGUUGGAGGCUCAGGUAGAGAGAAUUACAAGGGAAAAAAACUCUCUGGUCAACCAGUUAGAAGAAUCACAACAUCAGCUUUCAUCUCAUGAAAUGGAGAUGAAUAAGGUGUGUGGAGAAAUGCGCUAUCAGUUGAAUCAAACCAAAAUGAAGAAGGAUGAGGCAGAAAAGGAGCUCAGAGAGUACAGGACAAAAACUAUAAGGGAGCUUGAAAUUAAGGACCAGAAAAUAGAAAAACUGGGAUUAGAGCUGAAUGGAAACAAACAGCGUUUGGAACAAGCUCAGCAGGAUGUGACAGGAGCCAGAGAGGAGUGCCUAAAACUGACAGAACUGCUGAGUAAAUCUGAGCACCAACUGCACCUCACCAGAUUGGAGAAAGAGAGCAUUCAGCAAAGCAUUAGCAAUGAAGCAAAGGCCCGAGCCCUUCAGGCCCAGCAAAGAGAGCAGGAGCUGACACAGAAGAUGCAGCAAAUGGAGGCCCAGCAUGAGAAAACUGUAAAUGAACUGGAUUCAUUGCUGACCUCCCAGAAUUCAUUCAUAGCAAAAUUAAAGGAAGAAUGUUGUAUGUUGGCAAGGAAGUUGGAACAAACAUCAGAAAAAUACAGAUCUGAAAUCAACCAGCUUAGUCAGGAAAAAGAGUAUCUUCAUGGCAGAUUGGAGAAGAUGCAGAAACGGAAUGAUGAAUUGGACCAACAAUGUAUCCAGCAUGGGAGAAUGCAUGAGAGGAUGAAGUCAAGGUUACAGCAGCUUGACAAGCACUGCCAGGCCACUGCCCAGCAGUUAGUGGAGUUGCUCAACAAACAGAAUCAGCUCUUCAAAGAGAAGCAGCUGCUGACAGAAGAGGUGCAGUUUCUGCGAACACAGGAAAAAAAAUGGGAUGCAGAUCUCAAACAGGACACAGAUGGAAUCAAGUAAAAACCUGGAUGGAUAAAGAGAAAUGAGCAGAAGUCUGCUCUGCACCCGGCGGAAACCUGGGCUUGUCUGAGGCUCACCUAAAGACACCUCUGCAGAGAGCAGGCACACCUGCUGCUAAUUUCAACUGGUUUCUAUUUGUUUAUAACUACAGAGGCAUAAAUAUUUUUAAGCAUUACCAGCUACCGAACUUCCUAGGAAAACAGCUGAGACUUUUCUGAAAGACUUUUAACAGCUAUUACAUAAUGUGGACUUAAUUCAUAAUUUGUACAAUUUUUUUAUAAAAUGUUUUUAUCUAUUUUUAUAAUUGA